AUGGCGGCGGCUUCUAGAAGGUUAAGAGACCUUCAAUCACAAACAGGGAACGAAACUUGUGUUGAUUGUUCCCAUAAAGACCCAAUAUGGGCAUUUGUUUCUUACAGGAUUUUCAUGUGUUUGGAGUGCUCUGGGAAGCGUCGAGGUCUCGGUGUUCAUAUUAGUUUUGUCAUAUUUGUUACCAUGGAUUCAUGGUUUGAGAUCCAGCUUAAGAAGGUGGAGGCUUGUGGUAAUGAUAAGCUUAAUAUGUUCUUACAACACCACCAACCCAAACAACUCGCACCAACACCACCACCCGUAACCACCGAUGGUCAGAGAAGAGAGAAGAAAGAGAAGCAAUGUUUGGGUUCGGGAUAG